GUUGUUCAUGCCUUUAAACGAGGUGCGUAUUUUUUUAAUGUUUGAAUAAUUCUAUGGCGAAAUUUCAGGCCGGUGCGCCUGCAGGAAAAUGGCGGCCCGAUAGUCUGUGUUUUGAAACGUAACGUUGAACGUAAUCGUUCGCAGAACGUUAAGAAUGGAUAUCUCAAGUAUGCUCGAAGUGCAAGUGAACGAAGUGAAAGAAGCAGACAGUAAAGAAAAUGUAACUCCCAAGGAACUACUUCCAGGCACGACGAAUGUUUCAAUACCUAUUUCCCAAGAGGAAAGCAAUUAUUAUAAGCUUAUGCUUGGCAAUGACAUCUCAUCUAUACGAUUUCAAAGAUUACAUUGUACAGCAUGUGAUAUACACAUUGGUUCUGCACCAGCAAAUGCUCAUAACAUGUUUGAACAUCCUGUAUUACGUACAUUGCUGUGUGCAAAAUGCAGAGAGUUCUAUGGGGAUGGUACCUUUGAACAAGGUGAUGAUGCGACAGAUAUGUUUUGUAGAUGGUGUGCAAAUGGUGGUAACUUAUACUGUUGUUCCUUUUGUAGUAAUACAUUUUGUUAUAAAUGUAUUAAAAGAAAUUUUGAUCCUAUAUUAAGAAAAAAAAUUGAAGCUGAUGAGAGGUGGAAAUGUUUUGUCUGUGAUCCUAGAGAUCUAUAUAACGCAAGAGGAACUUGUUGGGCUUUACUUAAGCAUAUUCAAACCAUGAAUAGAAUAUUUCAAAAUAACAGUAAGUUGUCUCAAGAGGAAAUAGAUGAUAGAAUGAAUACUGACGAAUCAAAAUGCUGUCUGCGAAGGAGAAAAAGAAAGCGCCGAAAAAAUGGUUCAAAUUCAGAAGAAGACGAUGAAACCUACAUGCCUAAGCAAAUAGUAUCAAAUCCUGUUUCCAAACGUAAAAAAAAGGGUCGUGGUAAAGUAGGAUUUUCCAAUGAUAGUAAUGAUAAAUAUGAAGUGUCAGAUGACAUUUCGAUGGAUAAUAGUGAAAUAUUUCCACCUUUACUCUCAUGCGAGCAAACAAUGGUUGAAUGUGAAAAUGCCACCGUUAGUGGAGACGGUACGAUCGUUUCCCAACUUCAAGUAAAUCCGAAUCAUCAUAAAGAGAAUCCCUCCAUUACGCAACAACCAACAAUGUACAAUACGGCUGUUGUGAACGUUUCUAAUUUUUUGCAACCUGCAGCACCUCUUCGUCAUGUAACGUCUAGUUCGAUAAAUCAGACAAACCAAGCAAAUUUAUACCAAACAUUACAUUCUGUACCAACUCCAAUGGUUAGUAUACCUAAUCACAAUGUUAAUAUAAUACAUCGACCACGUUUCUCUUUACUUGAGCCGCAAAUGCCGCGUACAAACAUGAAUAUUAUAGAGAUUGAAAGUGAUACAGAAGAUGUAGCAGUUGUCGGUUCGUCGCAAGUUUCACGACUUAUUAACAGCUCUAAUGGCAAAGCAGUACCUGUUGCUCUCGUAAGUUCAAAAAAUAGCUAUAAUACACAGGAGAGGCACAAUGUAAAAACACUGAACCAAAGGUUACUUCCUCAUGGUAAAGAGAUUAAUAAUAUUCUGAAUAAUUUGAAGAUCAAGUUCCAAGAUCUGUAUGAUACAACUAAACGAGAUGAAUUUAAAAACUACAAGUCGACCGAUGCUCAUCUUCUAAUCAAACAGUUUCAUUGUGAUAUACGCAAUACUGUAACUCAGUUAGCAUGUAUCAAUGAUAGAAUAAUCCGUGAAUAUAAUAGAUGGAAAAGAUAUCAAAUAAAAAUAGGAGCUAUUCUGUCUGUAGAUAAAAAUAAUACUCGCAAGAGAGAGAAUCAUGUAGAAAUACCUCUUGAUAUGACUUGUAUCAAUGAAUCCGAUGCAGAAUCCGAAGAAAUUGGCGAAGAAAUAGAGAACAGUAUUAUGAGUUCAUCUGAACUGAUUGGUGAAACGAACGUAGUCGAUGGAAUAAAUUUCUUUAAAAAGAAACAUAGCAUAGAUCGAGCCGUGGGCGAUCGGUCUGUUUUGAUGGUAAAUAAAUCGGUACAAAUAAAUACUGUAAAAUUGCAAAAUUAUGAUAAACAUAUAAGGCAUUCUGUGCUGAAAAGUAGUAAACAAUCGGAGAAAAAAGAUGAUGCUUCAGUAUUGCCUGUUAAAAAAGUUAAUAAGCAACUUGGAAAUUUCGAAGAUCAUUUUAUUCAGUUUGUGCAAAAACUGAAUAUGAAAAAGCAGUUACCCGAUCCAAAUGAAACACCACUGAAGGAUCUGAUAGAAGCUAAUUCGCCUUUCAUCUCUGAAAUGCUAGAAACUAUGGAUAAAUCUUCAAACAGUGCUUCAAGCAGUAAUGUUUCAAGCAUUUCUGUUAAAAAGGACAGUGAUCUAAAGUCAUAUGAACCAUCAAGUGGACACUCAAUUACCUGCAAGACUGUUGAUAAUCUUGUGAAAAUGGUUAGCAACACAAAUAACGAUUUAAAUAAAAAGACUGCCGCGAAUGAAUUUAUUAAUAAUAAAUUGAAAGAAGAAACUAAAAUGCAAAGAAGGCACUUUUCUACUACUGGUAAUGUUGGUAUAGGAAAUAUAUCAAAAAAUAAAGAAAAAGAUUUAAGUAAAACCAACGUUAUGGAAUCUGAAAGCAGUGAUGACUGUACUAUUAUUGACGAUUAAUUAAAAAGUAGUUAUUCAAUAAUUUUCAUGAGUUCUAUUAGUACUUUAAUCGAACUUAUUAUUUAUAUUUAAUCAAUUGUGCAAAUAUUGCUUUGAAAACUUGUAUAAAUAUUGAAAAUAAUAUCAUGGGAAACUUUGUAUUUUAUGACUUCUCUUUUAUAUUU